UUAGUGACCCAAACAAAAUCAUCUUUGGCCACAGAGCAUUCUACACCACAUCUCUCUUUCUUUCCCUCUCGCAUAAAAAGGUUAGAGACCUCACCAAAGUGGAGAUAACUCUCGCCGGAGCUUCUUCUUCUUCUUCCAUGGCGGCAGGUCUAUCAACCGCCCUAACAUUCAAGCCGCUCCACCGCGCUUUCUCUUCCUCCUCCAGUCUCCGCCUGCACCAUCCAACUUCCUUAACCGGAUUGCCGUCGUCUCUCCUCCGCUUCAGAGGAUUAUCCGUCUGCUACGUCGUCUCGGAUCGGAGGCAGAGUUCUCCAAUCAACAAUGAUGAGAGUCCAGAGAAAACAAGCUCUCUGGACACGAACGCCAUAGACGCGGAGUACCUCGCGCUGCGUCUGGCUGAGAAGCUGGAGAGGAAGAAAUCGGAGAGGUUCACUUAUCUGAUAGCCGCAGUGAUGUCGAGCUUCGGUAUCACUUCUAUGGCUAUUAUGGCCGUUUACUACCGAUUCUCUUGGCAGAUGGAGGGAGGUGAGAUCCCAAUGUCGGAGAUGUUCGGUACAUUCGCUCUAUCUGUUGGUGCUGCUGUUGGUAUGGAGUUUUGGGCAAGAUGGGCUCAUAAAGCUCUCUGGCACGCUUCUUUAUGGAACAUGCAUGAGUCACAUCACAAACCUAGAGAAGGUCCGUUUGAGUUGAACGAUGUGUUCGCCAUAGUCAACGCUGUUCCUGCGAUUGCUCUCCUCUCUUAUGGUUUCUUCAAUAAAGGACUCGUUCCUGGCCUCUGCUUUGGCGCAGGGCUAGGAAUAACAGUGUUUGGAAUCGCCUACAUGUUUGUCCACGAUGGUUUGGUGCACAAGAGGUUCCCUGUGGGUCCUAUCGCCGACGUUCCUUAUCUCCGAAAGGUCGCUGCCGCUCACCAGCUGCAUCACACAGACAAAUUCGAUGGUGUGCCAUAUGGGCUGUUUCUUGGACCAAAGGAACUGGAAGAAGUUGGAGGAGAUGAAGAGUUAGAGAAAGAGAUAAGUCGGAGAAUCAAACUGUACAAAAAGGGGUCGAGUUCUUGACUAAACAUGUUUUAAGUCUCAACUUUUUGUUUUUUUGUCCUUUGUCAUGGAUGGUCUGAAAUACGGUCUAUGUUGAUAAAUCCUAUAAGCCGAUUUUGAUUUUCAAAUACAUGCUAAUUAUAAUUAUCCCUA